UACCAAAUAUAUCGAGAACGAUGCUUCCUCUGCAGCACGCCUAAGAUACGCGAUUAAAUAUUUAUAUCAUCAAACCAGCUAUCAUCUCUAAAGUUUUCAACAUAAUUCAUCUUCUUUAACUCAAAGAGCUUCUUCUCUGAUCAAAUAAACUUUAGAGAUAUAUCUGAACGAUUGAUUAUGGAGGAAGAAGACAAGAAAGCGAUGAGGUGUUUUAGCUUCAAGAGAAUCAUGAAGAGGAAGAAGAAAGAGGAGGAGGAGAACUUGAUAGUGGCUAAAGAAUUCGCAAAGAGCUGGAGAGAUCUGAGCGGUCUAAACCACUGGAAAGGGACGUUACAGCCGUUGGAUCAAGAUCUCCGGGAAUAUAUCAUACAUUACGGCGAGAUGGGUCAGGCUGGUUAUGAUACUUUCAACAUCAACACCGAGUCUAAGUUCGCUGGCGCUAGCAUCUACUCUAGAAAAGACUUCUUCGCCAAGGUGGGUCUAGAGAAAGCACAUCCGUACACAAAGUACAAAGUAACCAAGUUUCUAUACGCGACAUCACAGGUCCACGUGCCUGAGUCAUUCCUAUUGUUCCCGGUUUCACGUGAGGGAUGGACAAAGGAGUCGAAUUGGAUGGGUUACGUGGCGGUAACAGACGACCAAGGCACGGCGCUUCUUGGCCGGAGAGAUAUUGUGGUUGCUUGGAGAGGCUCAGUUCAACCGCUUGAAUGGGUUAACGACUUCGAAUUUUGUUUAGUGAACGCCAAGAAAAUCUUCGGUGAGAAAAAUGAUCAAGUUCAAAUUCAUCAAGGUUGGUAUUCAAUCUACAUGUCUCAAGAUGAACGAUCACCUUUUACUAAGGCCAAUGCUCGUGACCAGGUAUUACGAGAGGUUGGGAGAUUGUUGGAUAAGUAUAAUAAGGAUGAAGAAGUUAGUAUAACUAUCUGUGGUCAUAGUCUUGGAGCUGCACUCGCGACGCUUAAUGCUGCGGAUAUUGUGGCUAAUGGUUAUAACCGACCAAAGAGUCGUCCUGAUAAGUCUUUUCCAGUUACGGCCUUCGUCUUUGCUAGUCCUCGUGUUGGGGAUUCUGACUUUAAGAAACUCUUCUACGGGUUGGAAGAUCUCCGAGUGUUACGGACAAGGAAUCUACCGAACGUAAUUCCGAUAUAUCCCCCGAUAGGUUACUCCGAGGUUGGAGACGAGCUUCCAAUAGACACACGAAAGUCACAAUAUAUGAAAUCUCCAGGAAACCUCGCGACCUUCCACUGCCUAGAGGCUUAUGUAAGACCCCGAUCCUAA